CCCCUAUGGCACGCCGUACGAAGUUCGGUCAGACAGCAGCCAUGAAGAUGAUGGAGGAAAGCAGUGCGGAGGAAGCCGUGGUAACUAUGGAGGACGUCCAGCGUCUGGUCAAAAAGAAAGAUGAGAUCGAGGAGCAGAUUAAAGCAUAUUACGAAGUGCUAGAAGAUCAGGGUGAUGUGGGCAUGCAUGCGCCUCUGGUGGACGCGGAAGGCUACCCUCGCGCCGACGUGGAUUUGAUCCAGAUCCGUGCAGCGAGGCACAGCAUCUCAUGUUUGCAGAACGAUCACAAAGCGAUCAUGGUGGAGAUCGAAGAGGCCCUUCAUAAGCUGCAUGCCCGGGAAAGAGCCAAGCGUGAGGAGGACCAGAGCGCCGCACGGAUGGAGAGGAUGGAGCAGGACGUGCCGUUGCCUCCUCCUUUCGCUCGAGUAGACGCUGUGACUCGGGGAUCCCCUGCUUAUCAGGCGGGUCUGUGUGUUGGCGAUGAGAUCAUUGAGUUCGGCUCUGUGAACCCGAGCAACUUCCAUAACCUGCAAAACAUCGCUUCUGUGGUGCAGCACAGUGAGGGGAAAUCGGUGAGUGUUGCAGUGAUUCGGAACGAACAAAAAGUUCGUCUCAGUUUAACUCCACAACGCUGGUCUGGAAAAGGCCUUCUGGGGUGCAACAUAAUCCCUCUUCACAGAUGACUGGGAUUUACAAAGAUCUCGACGUGUCUUUAAUCCAACUUAAGCACUUUUUUUUUUUCUCUUUAUUACUGAAUAAUCAAACCAAUUCCAAAUUUUCCAAUAGACUGUGUUUGGGUUGAUUUUGAAAUUCCGAAAGCAUCGGGUUACACGUGGAAACUGGUUCCGCACAACCGCACUUGGGGGGAAAAAAAUAUUUGUGUUAUUUUAUUAUAGUGUAAAGGAAAAAUUCAAAUUGCGAACAUGGAAUAAAAUUGGUUAUUUUUUCUCUUGCAAAUAAAUAAAUAAACACACGUGUGCA